CGAUCAGGUUAGGUUUACAGGUUUUACUAUACUUGCUUUCUGAAACGGAUCUCCAGGUGUGAAAUUAGUAGUUAGUGUGAUUUGUCUAGCUCCUACUCAAAGAUUGAAGAAUCUUCAUCUCACAUUAUCUGCUGGAAGACAAUGGAAAUUGCCACAGCUGUUGAUCCAACACCAACGCUCACCUUGCAGCAAGCAACUGAACUAACGCUGCACCUUUAUGGAGUGACCAUAACUGAGAUCUCUACCCUGCCUAGUUAUAGAGACCAGAACUUCCUUGUGGUGGACAAUGAGAGUACCAAGUACCUCCUGAAGAUCAUGAAUUCAGAAGACAGUAAGAAUGCCACGCUGCUGGAGGUGCAGACCCACGCCAUGUACUUUCUACGCCAGCAUGGAGUUCCUGCUCAGACAGCUGUGCACACCACCAUGGGGCAGCUCAUGAGUAUGGAGGAAAUAGACUGUGGACAUGGUACUCAGACCUACUGUGUGAGGUUGCUGACCUAUCUCCCAGGAAAAACCAUUGCAGAAUCUCCAGUCACAAGGCAAGAUCUUUUUAAGGUCAGCAAGUUGGCUGCUUUCGUGGAUAAGACAUUGCAACAACUGGUAUCUCCAAAUUUGGAUGUCUUACAAAAAAUGGAGGGUACACGUUGGAGUUUAUCCAGCAUUCCUCUCACAGAGGGCUACCUAUCAGUGAUGGAUGGAGAUCCCCUACAGGUAGUGGUCAGAGCAGUCAUUCAACAAUAUAAGUUGUACGUGCAGCCCAAAAUCAGCUCAUUCCAAAAAGGAAUAUUACAUGGAGACCUAAAUGACCAAAACAUCCUUGUCACACCUGUAGAAAACGGGUCUCAUGAGGUGUCAGGCCUGCUGGACUUUUCUAUGCUCAUGAACGAUUGCUAUGUAUUUGAAGUGGCAAUAAUAAUUGCAUAUAUGAUGCUGGAAAACCCCAGUCCUUUGGAUGUAGGUGGAGCAGUGUUAGCAGGCUGGGAGAGCAUUAUGGUGCUCAAUGAAGAUGAAAGGGAUUCCCUCUUCCUGCUGGUGCUCGGUCGGUUGUGCCAGUCUGUGGUUUAUGGGCGGCACAAUGCCAAAAAAAAACCAGACAACAAAUACAUCCUGACUACAGCCAAAAAUGGGACUCGGCUGCUGAAUAAACUUUGGGAGCUGGGCAAGAAAGAAGUAGAAAGGAAAUGGUUCAAAGAUGCCAGCACAUUUCCUGUCAGUUAAUAAUUAAAAAAAAACAGAUGUUCAUUUGUGGAUGAGAGUCAAAAUCAAGACACAUUAUACUGUAUGUACAAAGGACAUAUGAAAAUGGAAUACUCAAAGCAAAGAACUGAUAGAACAUAACUACAAAAUAGAUACACAAUAAUACAAAUUAUGUUAAAAUACAAGAUAAUACAAAUAUGUACAAGAUAACUCUUAGAAAGAGAAAGGGUGAAGCCUGUUUGGUUCAGUGCAGUGUGUGGAAAAAUAUUAAUCAGGGGUUGUCCAAAUGUUGACAGUAUGUACACUAUGUACAAUGGUAAGGGACAAUAGUCCAGGAUGUGUGUAAAUAUAAGGUCUAGCGGCUAUGGGUGGGGGAUUAAGAGUCUGUCGGGGUACCAUGCCUUGUUGAUGAGGCCCACUACAGUCGGGAAGAAACUGUUCUUGUGGCUAUGAGGUUUUGGUCCUGAUGGUGCGCAGCCACCUGCCAGAGGGGAGUGUUUCAAAAAAUGUUUUUGGUCUGUGGCGGGAGGGACAAUAACUAUUUGAAUUAAUUUGAAUUUAAACUUUUUACAGUUUAAAAAAAAUAAAGUUUUACUUUGGAUUGUUACUAUAUUUGCUUUUCACAUUUUUUGGUACCACAAUCUUAACAUGCAAUCUUUUAAUUGCAAUGAAUGGCUUAUUCACAAGCAAAUUAUUCACCAAAUACAAUAAAUUUACCAAAAUAGAAGGGUAAUGGGCCAUUAAUGCAAAAAACUC